AUGCCGGAAUUAACAGAAUUUCAGAGAAAGCGUUUGGAAAACAUUAAAAGAAAUAAUGAUUUAUUGAAGAAAUUGCAUCUAUCUGGGGUUGCAUCUCAAAUAAAACAUGAGGCUGGGGUGUCAGAAAAAUCUAGGGUUCCUGCCAAGAAGAAACAAAAAACAACUAGGAGUAAAACAUCAAAAUCUGCUAGUCCAACUUUACCUACACGAAGAUCAAGAAGGCUCAGAGGUGAAUCUGCAGAUGACACCAAAGGGAUACCCAAUGUGAAUGACAAUCAACUGCUUAAAAUGGGCUCUCCAAAUGGCGAAGAAAAGAAUUUCAUGGACGCAAUUAAAGAGAAACCGGUAAUUGGGGAUGUAAAAUUGAGCGAUUUGAUAAAAGAUGAAGACGAAAGUGCCCUUUUAGAAAAAUUCAAGAGGUUUAACAGCAGAAACUUUUCUUCUGGCGAUUUCUUUGAAGAAAUAAAAAAGAGACAAGGUGAUGUUUUGGGAAUGGACGAAUUCGAUUUGGAUUUAUAUGAUGUCUUUCAGCCAAACGAGAUUAAGGUCACAUACGAAAGAAUCUCUGCUGCUUACUUCCAUCCUGCCCUAGAAAAGAAGCUGAUCAUUGCCGGUGACACCGGUGGCACUGUCGGACUUUGGAACGUUAGAGAUGAGCCGCUAGGCGAUAGCGAAGACGACCGGAUGGAAGAGCCUGAUAUCACGAGAGUGAAGCUGUUUACCAAAAAUGUCGCACGUAUUGAUUGCUUCCCAGCGGACACAUCAAAACUGUUGCUGAGCUCCUAUGAUGGAAGCAUCAGAUCGGUUCACCUGAAUAGCUUACAAAGUGAAGAGGUUCUCACCCUGAAGAAUGAAUAUGACGAUCCAUUGGGCAUCAGUGAUUGUCAGUUUAGUUACGAGAACCCUCAUGUAUUAUUCCUCACCACUUUGGGUGGUGAAUUCACUACUUUUGACACAAGAGUGAAAAAGUCAGAGUACAAGUUGCGGAGACUUGCUGACAAGAAGAUUGGGUCUAUGGCUGUGAACCCCUUGAGACCCUAUGAGAUUGCUACCGGAUCUCUUGAUAGGACGCUCAAGAUAUGGGAUACAAGAAACCUUGUUGAAAAGCCUGAAUGGUCACAGUAUGAAGACUACCCCAGUUACAAUAUCAUGUCCACCUAUGAUUCGAGACUAAGUGUCUCUGCAGUAUCCUAUUCCCCAACAGAUGGCACCUUGGUGUGUAACGGUUAUGAUGACACCAUCCGCCUGUUUGAUGUUAAAAGUAGGGAUUGCCUUUCUAAAGAGUUAAAGCCCAAAUUAACAAUUCAGCAUAACUGUCAAACAGGAAGGUGGACUAGUAUCCUGAAAGCCAGGUUCAAACCAAACAAGAAUGUGUUCGCCAUCGCCAACAUGAAGCGCGCCAUUGACAUAUACAACAGCGAGGGCAAACAACUGGCCCACCUACCCACAGCCACUGUCCCUGCUGUAAUAAGUUGGCACCCAUUGCAAAAUUGGAUUGUAGGGGGAAAUUCUAGUGGUAAGAUUUUCCUCUUCACUAGUGACUCUCGAGCCAUAAAGCAGGAUGAAUGA